UGGGUUUAUAAAAAACUUGUUUAGAUUGAAGUCUCGGAGAAAUAAACGUUCGGAACCAUAUUAUUAUCCUUUAUUAUGGAGAGUAAUCAGAAGAGGAAGGCUUACAAUCCUAUCUCGAGAAAUACCGCACGGUAUGCUUCAAGUGCUGACUCCGCCCAUACUGAGAACAGGAUCAAGAAUUCAAACCAUGAAGUUACAGAAAUAUUAAACCAAUAUCCAUUGAUAAUUGAUAUCCAUGUCAUGCUGUUUGGUGGGUUCGGGUUUCUCAUGACGUUUCUCAGAUAUUACGGAAUAUCAGCACUCAGUUUCACAAUGAUUAUCACAGCACUGAUGACCGAGCUUGCUAUCCUGUGUAUCGGAUUUCUCCGUCUAUCUCCAGGAGAGUAUUAUAUCAAGAUAGAUAUGCUGACUGUUCUGGAGGGAGGGUUGGCUGCUGCAACUGUCCUAAUAUCAUUCGGAGUUCUAAUAGGGAAAGUUAACCCCUUCCAACUCCUCGCUCUCGCCUUUAUAGAGACUAUUCUAUUUUCUAUCAACGGUCAUAUUGGAUAUGAACUUCUUGGUGCAAUUGAUGCAGGGGGGUCCAUUUUUAUCCAUGCCUUUGGAGCUGUGUUCGGGAUAGCAAUAGGGUUUGUAAUGAGAGGAAGAGAUUAUAACUUAUCUUCAAGCUUGCAAACCAGUACAUCAGUUUCAGACAUGUUCUCCUUAUUAGGUACCAUUUUACUAUGGUUGUACUGNCCCAGUUUCAAUGCUCUGCUGGUGUAUGAAGAUGCUCGGCACAGAGCCUAUAUUAACACUUAUAUCUGCCUCCUAGCUUCAACAGUCUGCACCUUCCUUCUCUCAGCAAUCCUAUCCAAGGGGAGAAAGUUCUGUGCUGUAGAUAUACAGAACGCGACAUUAUCAGGGGGUGUUAUGAUGGGCGCAUGCGCAGAUUUAAUGGUACAACCUUACGGGGCAUUUGCUGCUGGCUGUGUGGCAGGAUGCGUCUCAACGUUUGGAUAUAAAAUUUUCCAGCCUGCUCUAUUGGACUGGUUCAACUACCAUGAUACUUGUGGUGUAAUCAACCUGCAUGGUAUUCCUGGAAUCCUAGGAGGAUUAUUUUCCGUGCUCAUGGCUUCUCUUGCAGACGAAAUUGUUUACGGACCAGCUUUAUACUUGGUGUUUAAAAGAAUGGCUCCUGAAGCAGAUACCCCUGACCUUGCCAGGCUUCAGGCCCUGCUACCUUCCAUAGAACCUGGAGAGGGAAGAACAGCAUCAGAACAGGCAUUGAUUCAAAUGGCUGUCUUGGGGAUCAGUGUGGGGAUUGCAUUAGUCUCCGGAGUUAUCACUGGUUUCGUCAUCAACAUUGAUUUCAUCUUCUGCUGUCUCAAGGACACCGAGAUGUUUGAUGAUGGAUAUUUUAUUCUCAACUAUUCUCCACAAGAUCUAGAUUCUACUCAAGAACUCAAUUUCUCUCAGGAAAAUUCUAGACCUGAAAGUCUGCCUGAAACUGUGAUUAAAGGGCCUCCUGAAAAUCCACCCCAAUACUAUCUAAAUGGCAACACUGUAAUAGAUAGAAGAAACUCUACCUUCCAUCCCAGCAUGGGGCAGAAGGAUAGACAGGCCAAUGAAAUCAUGAUAAGGUCCAAAAGUGCUCUUGACAUUGAACCCCCUGGGAGUACAGCUGAAUACUAUAAUCUAGGAUAUGAUGGAUAUCAAGCCUAAUUAAUAUCAAACUAGAACGAUCUGGAAUACAACGACGACCUUUAGUAUAUUAUCUGUAGAUUAGUACAUAUAGUUUAAUCAAUUUUGAAGCAAUCCAUAAACUGAUUUUUUAUUGUAAAUUUUAAUAAAUGAAUAAAUAUAAACAUGUUUUAGCGAUAAAA